GUUGCUGCUGUUGUUAUGUCGCAUGUUGCUGCCGUCUGGUUGCUGUUGACUGGUUUCUGUUGGCUGGUUUCUGUUGGCCAAAACGGCAACGGGCCCGUCAGUGCAGCGGCGACUCUUGAACGCAACAACAAUAACAAUAACAAGAAGAAGUCGGAAAAACAGCAACAAGAAGGGGAGCAGCAGCUACAACAUCCAAUUUGGAAGCCACAUAUAUCCCAAGGAGCCUUAUAUUGCCAUCUCGACCAGCAAAAAGCCGCCAAAAUGCUUCCGUUCCGGCGUGGAGCGGCUUGGCAAAUGCUCUUCCUUCUCUGCGCACUCGCCUAUUGCAUUAAUGAGGCCAGCAGCGAGGGUCGCGUCGUCUGUUACUACACAAACUGGAGUGUCUACCGUCCCGGAACAGCAAAAUUCAAUCCACAGAACAUCAAUCCAUACCUGUGUACACAUCUGGUGUACGCAUUUGGUGGAUUCACGAAGGACAACCAAAUGAAGCCCUUCGACAAGUACCAGGACAUUGAGCAGGGUGGGUAUGCUAAGUUCACCGGACUGAAGACCUACAACAAGCAGCUAAAGACCAUGAUUGCUAUCGGAGGCUGGAACGAGGCUAGUUCUCGCUUCUCCCCCCUGGUGGCCAGUCCGGAUCGUCGACAGCAGUUCAUCAAAAAUAUCCUGAAGUUCCUGCGCCAAAACCACUUCGACGGUAUCGACCUCGACUGGGAGUACCCCGCCCACCGCGAAGGCGGCAAGUCCCGGGACCGCGACAACUACGCCCAAUUCGUCCAGGAGCUUCGAGCCGAAUUCGAGCGGGAGGCGGAGAAGACGGGACGGACACGUCUCCUCCUGACCAUGGCCGUGCCCGCCGGCAUAGAAUACAUCGAUAAGGGCUAUGAUGUGCCAAAGCUGAACAAGUACCUCGACUGGUUCAACGUCCUCACCUAUGAUUUUCACUCCUCCCACGAGCCCUCCGUCAACCACCAUGCUCCUCUAUAUUCCCUGGAGGAGGACUCCGAGUAUAACUACGAUGCCGAGUUGAAUAUUGACUACUCCAUCAAGUACUACCUGAAAGCUGGAGCAGACAGAGACAAGCUGGUGUUGGGAAUUCCCACCUAUGGUCGAUCCUAUACGUUGAUCAACGAGGAGAGCACCGAGCUGGGUGCUCCUUCCGAGGGUCCUGGAGAGCAGGGGGACGCGACCCGCGAAAAGGGUUACUUGGCCUAUUAUGAAAUCUGUCAGACGCUCAAGGACGAUCCCGAGUGGACGGUGGUACAACCAAACGCCAAUGUCAUGGGUCCCUAUGCCUUCAGGAGGAACCAGUGGGUGGGCUACGAUGACGAGGCUAUUGUGCGCAAGAAGGCCGAGUACGUAGUGGCCCAAGGCCUGGGCGGAAUUAUGUUCUGGGCUAUUGAUAACGACGAUUUCCGGGGAACCUGUAAUGGAAAGCCCUACCCACUGAUUGAGGCAGCCAAGGAGGCCAUGGUCGAGGCAUUGGGUCUGGGCAUCAACGAGGUGGCCAAGCCGAGUGGACCUCAAAAACCAUCGCGAUCCCGUAGCCGCGAUAAUGGAAGCACCAGAAAUCGCUUGAACGGAAAACCAGAGAAUACAUCGACGUCAGUGCGACCCGCUAAUGGGGCCCGACGUCCGGCUGUCUCCAGAACCACCCAAUCCCCGCCCCCCAGCACAACCUUCAAGCUGACUGAUGCCGAGGGUUCGUCCCUAUAUAUCGGAGGUAGGGCGUCCACCACUCCGCCUCCGCCUACCACCCCAGACCCAGGCUCGGACUUCAAGUGCGAGGAAGAGGGCUUCUUCCAGCACCCUAGGGACUGCAAGAAGUAUUACUGGUGUUUAGACAGUGGUCCUUCCGGCCUUGGAAUCGUAGCCCAUAUGUUCACCUGCCCGUCGGGACUGUACUUUAAUCCUGCAGCUGAUUCGUGUGACUUUGCUAGGAAUGUACCCUGCAAGACUAAAAAAUCCACUACAGUCGCUCCUUUGACUUCCACCACCACGACCACGACCACCACUGCCCGUUCUAAUCGAGUGACAGCGGCUCCGACCGCUCGCCCUGUGUACCCACGGACCAGCAGCACCAGCACUAGUACAACGACCACUACAACCACUCCGGAGCCAGUGGAGGACCUGGAGUACGAGGAGGAUACGGAUGAACAAUCGCCCAACAAGUCACACGACGGAGAGGAGGAUCCUCAGGUAAUCAAGGAGCUGAUUGAUCUGAUACGUAAAGUGGGAGGAGUGGAGCAAUUGGAAAAGCACCUCCUGCGCAACAAGGACGGCUCUAUUACACUAAAGGAGAACUCCGCCAACGGGGCAGUAACCACGCCCUCGACGAUCAGCAAAUCCUUGUAUGACCGAGUGCUGAGUCGCCCCGGAACUUUGAGCUCCUUAACACGUAACCGUUUGAAAAUCGCCGAGGCGUCGGGCACUGAAGCAACAACGAGCACCAGUGUGUCUGCCGGCAACACCUACUCCAAGUACUCCUCGGUUUUGAGAGGCAACAGUCGCCAGGGUCCUCAAAACGAGGGAAUCGAUAAGCUGGCUGAGUUCGAUGGUUUUCUCAAAGAACGCAAGCAAUAUGUGACCAUCAAUCGCCAGCGAUCCCCCAACCAGGGCGAUGCUGAGGAGCACAGCCAACACGAGGAAGAGGACGAGGAAAAUGAGCAGGUGGAGACAACCACACGCCGUGCUUUAAGCUCCGUAACUCCGUCGUAUACCAGUCUUCGGCGAACAAGACCCACCACAAUGGCACCAUUGGUAGGAGAGUCCUCCAAACAGGAGGAGGAGGAGGAAGAGGUGGUGGAGAAGAACAGCAGGUCCCAGCAGCAGGUCAAAUCCUAUGCCACCUUAAACCGUGCAAGAGAACGGACCACCACAGGACCAGGCACCACCACUACGGAAGCCACCGAAGCAGUACCUAGUUCAACCACAACUCGUUACAAAUACUUCGAGCGAACACGACCUACAAAAGCGGCCACUUUGGAAGCUUCCAAGGACUCGGAAGAGCCUGCUGACCAAGAAGACGAGGAGGAGGAGUACGAGGAGGAGAACAUUACGGUACAGAGAAAACAAAGCACAAACACACGUAAAUAUGCGAGCAUAGGCCGCAGAAGUACAACAACCACAGCAACACCAGAAACAACAACCACCUCAGGCACAGAGACCGCCAAGGCCAACAACAACAACAUCCACUACAACAGCAACAACAACAAGAACAGCCAAGCGAAACAGAAUAACAUAAUACCAACAACAGUAACAGAAGAAAGCAGCACCACAGCACUCCCUACACCAACCAGCACCAAUCAAGAGCCCGAAACAACCACAGAAACAAACACUAACGAAACCACUGAACCAAAUGAUAGAUCCUCAACCACAACCACCACUAACAACCCAUCUACCACAUUCACAUCUACACCCACACCAAGUCUAGCAACCACUACCCCAACAACAACAAUUCCUGGCGUCGACUCGGAAAGUUCGGCCGACGGGUCGCCUAACCCCCUUAUCCCCGAAUCCCCUGACUUAGCACCUCCAACAACCACCACGGAACCCGAACUGGCCACGACAACGACCACCACACCGAAGACAACAACACCAGUAACGACGACGUCGACAGGGAUCCACAGUGAACUGAAUAACGACAUUGACAACGAUAACGACAGUGAUGACAGUGAGGUAACGAAACCCAAGACACAGUAUAAGUAUGCAACUACCAAUCGGAGGCGCAUAACUAAUACCACAGCAACGAGAACAACAAAUACAACUGCAAACAACAACAAUUCUGAAGCUGCGAACGAUGCUAGUCCAAGAAACGGUUUGAGUAGUUUUAAUAAAAUUAGAGCCUCCAUUAAUACCAACCCGGGCAGAAGGCCACCCCAAACCCAACCCGAACAUACAACCAUCGAACCGAAUUCCUCUGCCAGCCUGAGCAGUGUUUCUAGUCCCCGACCCUUUGGUUAUCCCCGACGUCGCACACGACCUAGUAGUAGCAUCCCCACCACCACCACCAACCAAUCUGAUAACAAUAACAGUACCGAUAACGAUAAUACAAACGAAACUGAUGCCGUUGCCAGUGUAGUGAAGAAGACGCGACCAUCCCCAGGGGAUAGGCCCAAGAACCGUUAUCAGCUGAGCCGCACCAGAGGCAUCGGCAGCACAACCACCAGCACCACUACCCAAGCUCCUUCCUCGACGAACGCCAGACGUUUGGCCUUCGGGGCUCGCCAGCGCGCCCAGGUAACUAAACUAACCCUAGUCGAUCAGCAGACUGACGAGACGGAGGCCAAAGGCAGGCCUGGCCAGACAGAAGAUGCUCGAGAAGACCAGGACGAAGAGGCCAGUGAGGACGAAGCCACCGAAACGACCACCACCACUACUAGCAGGCCGACGCCAAAGCGCAUUCGAGUGCUGAAAUUCCGCAGACCCCUAAACAAUACCAAUAGCAUCGCCUUAGACAGUCUCCCUAAUAGCGUCACUGACACCAACUCCCCACAAACAUUCGACACAGCCACAGUCACUUCACCACCCACAGACACAUCCACAAGCACCGUAAGCGCCACUGGUACCAAACGAUUCCGGAAAGUGGUUCGAAAACUUAGGCCCGUCGACUCUAGCACGGCUUCUAGUGCGGCGGAGUCGAAUGCUGAGGAAACCACCCGCAAGCCUUUUAUCCCCAGCAAUCGAUUAAAAACUCUGUCUCAAAGAGAACAGGAACAAGAGGUCUCAGAUCUGCAGAGGCUAAGGGACAAGGUCAAGGCCGAGCAGGCCCGUGGAGAGGGGGAGCAAGGGGUAAUUAACGAUCGCCUGAAAAAACUACUCGCUGAGAAGUUGGAAAAGCCGCGUCAGGAGUUGCCAGGAGAACAAGCAGAGGAGACGCCUACUUCACCGCGACCCUUUUUUAAGCGGAAAUUGGUGGCUAGACGGCCCUACACUCCCCCGUCGGGAGGUGGGGCAGUGGCGACUACUAAGGCGCCAAUUAACUUUAGCACUACCCGGCCCACGUCCAAAUUUGUGAGGCGCAAGAAUGGCCGAUUUGACCCCUUCAACUCGAACGUGCGUCAGCGCGGAGAGGGCUUCGUGCGAAGCGACCCGCGUGGAGCUAGACUGCCGGGCACUGAGCGCUUCAAGUCCCAGAGCGGCGAUCAAGAUGACGAGAACGAGGACCAAGAGGAGGAGCUGAAGGCGCAAUACGAGCAGCCUCUGCAAAACCAACUGGGUGGCGGUAUUUUGAGAAGACCUUUUGUGCCUAAGGACAAGCUGUCCGUCAAGCUACAGGCUCAUGAGAAUAGCAACGAAAAUAGCGAGGAAGAAGAGGACGAUGACGAGGAAGAUGAUUCUGAGGAGGACGACGAAGAAGAAGAUGAGACACCGGAGAAGCCCUUCGAUGGAGAAGAAGAAAAGCCCAAGCAGGACACCAAGCCCAAAUUCAAUUCGCCCUACAAGCCUAAGGACAAUCGUGCUCCACCUGGCAGUAGACCUACCUUUGGAGUCACUGGAAUUGGGGCCACUGGGCCCUCAGCUAGCGGAGGCGGAAAUGUCCCAUUUAACCCGCGCAACCGCCCAUCGUCCAGCACCACCAAUGCCAGCGGACCAACCAACCGCUUCGGCACCACCAAGCGACCUCGAGUGGUUAACCGACCCCCGGGAGUCGCUUCCCCCAAUCUGACAAUCAAGCCAGUGGCAAGCGACUACGAGCGUACCACCCCCCUUACGCCCCUCAAGCCGGCACCCUUCAUUCCCAGUAAUACAAGGAGUUAUGAGCGGAAAUAUACCGGACCCUCGACCGAGGCGGCCGAAACGGCCAGCGAAAACUCACUGAUCGAAGAUUUAAAUAUCGACGCAUUGAAUGCCAGAAACAAAAAGAUUUUUGAUAUACAUAGCAAGAAGCACACCACGCUGAAGCAAAAGGUCCCAAGGCCGGAGAAUGGUGCUGCGACUGGGUUCGGAUUAGAAUUAGAAUCGGAAGUGGAGAGUGGAACAGAGGUGACCACGCCGGUAGAGGAGGAGACCACUGAAGAGCAAGGCUUUGUGACCACCACACCCAGUACACCAGAACCUCAACCACCAGCACCACCCAGCACCACACAAUCAGACACACAGGCAAACCCAGCCACCACCAUUACACCAGAAACUGAAACUGAAACCGAAACUGUACCCGAAACUGAACCCGUCACAGAAACAAAAAUAGAAACAGUUACCGAAAUAGAUACAGAAACUGAAACAGCGAUCAAUGCUAAUGAAGCCACUUCCGUCAAUUCACAGGACCUCCCCAGUUCAACGCUGUUUGGAUCGCCCUCGAGCACCACCCAGGCUCCUCCUCCGGCCACCACUCUGCUGCAUGUGUUCACCCUGUUGGAGGGCGAAUCGGAGGACGAGGCGCAGACCACUACAAGGAAGCCUAUGCCCCUUCUGCUACCCACCAGACAGAUCGAGGUAGUGCCAAAGCACAAGUUUAUUGAGAUUAAUCGCAUCGUCGAGAUCAAUUCUAAGCAGGCCAAGGCUUCUCAGCGCAAGUCAAAGGCCAACCAGGACUUUGGAAUCCUGCGUGUGGAGUCUUUGCCCCACGUGGAGCAGCUAGGCGAAAUUAGUGUGGUGAAAUACGUCCACCUGGUGGACGGCAGCGAUAUUCAGAUCAAUGAUGGCCACAGCACUGUGGCGGACUACACCCCCACGGAACCGACGAUUUUCGAGGCGCGCAACUCGCCGCCUGUGAGAAAUUCCCUACCAGAACUACCGGAGCAGGAAAGAAACGGAAAGUCCUUAUUGCCUGAAGUCAUAAGUGGUGCGUUGGAGACCUCAACCAUUUCCCUGGAGGGUUUGUUUGACUCGGCGCGAAAAGGCAAGCAGCUAAGUGGAAAUAGCUUGUGGAGCGAAGACGGAGUGGAGGGAAUAACCACAAUUAGUCCGGAAAUUACCGACGACCGGAACACCAGUACCACCAAUACCCUGGCAACUAUGGCGCCCGCUUAUGUAAGACCGAUUGUUCCCCUCUUAAGACCCGAAUCCAAUGAGUCCUCGCCCCUGGUUAUCUCGAUAGCCAAUCUUGAUCAGGUAAUACUGAGCAAGGUGCAGAAGUCCCUGAACGAGGCGGAGGACACCACCACUCCUGCCAUAGAAAUCUCCGGCACUGCAACCACCGUGUCGCCGGACUCUAAUUCCGCUUUUUCUGUGCGCCAACACCAGGUGGUGCGGGCACCCUUUGACAUUGACGACAGGGAAUCAACCACCCAAACAACAAUCGACACAUUAGAUAAAGAAGAAGCCGUUGAACAAACCACAAACUUGGUCAUUGAGACAACUAGUGACAGCAUACUAGAUACACCGACUCCGAAAGCCGUUCCUAUUGGAGCGGCUAUUGUGGGUCAGCUUGGUGGGGCGGCAUACACAACCUCAGAGGCAAAAACAGUGAUCAGCAGUGACGCUAUUAGUCAGGGAAAAGAUUUUGGCGCCACAAAUGCAACAACAACAUCUUUAAAAAACGAAAUGGAAAAUAUCAACCCAAACACUGUAACAGAAAACAACAAUAACCAAACAUACCAAACUGUUAAUGGCAAAAGAGUUAGCGAAUCAGUGAGCUUUAGCACCGAAGAACAUGUGGUGCAUCGCAAGAAAAGCGGACGCAAAGGGCGGGGCCGACGCCUGCGCAACCGCAAGACCUCAACCACAACAGCGGCACCCACAACGACCACAGUAGAAACACCCACCACCACAGUGGAUGAGGUUUUCAACGACACCACCACAAUGGUGCCGGAAUAGGUCACAAAAGAACACACAAAAAUAUGAAACACAACAACAUAGUUAGUUAUUUCUAGUCUUAGCCCUUAUCCAGUUUUAUAUCGAGUUCUAAGUUCCCAGAAGAAUUCUUCAGCGAGCUUUUAACCCCUUUAACUAAACUAAAUUCCGAACCGUAGCAAAUUGGCUUCAUUGCUUUUUUCUUCAAAAUCGAACUUAAAAAAUCAAUCUUUUGGCUGCUUUUGUUUCAAAGCGCAUUUUUUCUACAGUGCUGCUGCUUAUUAAAUAUUCUUCUUGUAUAAAUUAUUUUAACUAUUCGUAUUCUUCGAGCUGCCAUACCUAAAUGAACACAAAACAUCUACUCACACACAUAAAAUCACAAACACCCCAUUCAGAUGCGAAGAGUCUUUCUUGGUUCAACAAUUUAAAAAUCGGAAAUAACAUAAAUAAUGAGAAUAUUUAAACGACCCACAGUGGAAAAAUAACUCUUAAUUGCUUUUUAUCAGGCGCAGUUCUUUUUAAAAACUUCCUUUUUCUAUUCCUCUUCUAUCUUUUUAAUUUUCAACUCAUUUUUUUUAUCUUUUCCACUGUUCGAAAACGAAUAUUUUAAGAUUAGCUUUAGUUGUAAAAUAUUUAUGCACAAAAAUAAAAUAAUGAACAAAAUGAAACAACCUA